ACCUUGCAGAUAUGAAAACAACAGGCUGCAUUUGAACAGAAGAGGGAAAAACUUGAAGAAUGGAUAGACACUUGAAGAACAUUCUUGUAGUAUCUUUUGGAUUUCUGCUUUUAUUUACAGCUUUUGGGGGGCUUCAGAGUUUGCAGAGCAGCCUCAAUGCAGAUCAAGGUCUUGGUGUUGCUUCACUGAGUAUCAUCUAUGGAGCUCUAAUUAUAUCUUCAACGUUUGUUCCUCCAAUUUUAAUUAAGAAAAUUGGCUGUAAAUGGACAAUUGUUGCCUCUAUGUGCUGUUAUAUUACAUAUUCUCUUGGCAACUUCUACCCUAGCUGGUAUACUCUUAUUCCAACAUCUGUGAUUUUGGGAUUUGGAGGUGCACCAUUGUGGGCUGCAAAAUGUACAUAUCUGACAGUGAGUGGAAAUCGAUAUGCUGAGAAAGUUGGAAAGGUCGGGAAAGAUAUUGUUAAUCAAUAUUUUGGACUUUUUUUCCUAAUAUUCCAAUCAUCUGGAGUAUGGGGGAAUUUAAUUUCAUCUUUAAUAUUUGGACAAACACCAGAUGCAGGAUAUAAUGCAAGUUUACCGAAUUACACACACUGUGGUGCAAAUGACUGCCCAUAUAAUGAAGUCAUCAAUGUAAACAGCACCAGUUCUAAGAAGCCAACAACAUCUUUACUUUACACACUUUUGGGUAUUUAUACAGGUAGUGGAGUUCUUGCGGUUUUGAUGGUUGCUGUAUUUCUGGAUAAUAUCAAUGUGAAAAAAGCUGACAAGGAAGACACUGAAGAUGAACCAGUUUGGAUAAAAGUAUUGGAAACGCUAAGACAUCUUAAAGAUGAACGCCAGUGUCUUCUUAUUCCUCUUACAAUGUGGAGUGGUUUUGAACAAGGAUUUUUGGCUGGAGACUAUACAAAGUCUUAUGUUACCUGCUCCCUGGGAAUACAUUUUGUUGGAUAUGUGAUGAUAUGCUUUGCAGCAACCAAUGCCGUCUGUUCGCUGAUCUUUGGCAAACUUUCUCAAUAUACUGGAAGAAUAUUUCUUUUUUCUUUUGCUGCAGCUACCAAUUUUGCAAGUAUAAUUGCAUUACUCCUUUGGAAGCCUCAUCCAGAUCAGCUGGCUGUGUUCUUUAUAUUUCCUGCUUUAUGGGGAAUGGCAGAUGCCGUCUGGCAGACUCAAACUAAUUCACUUUAUGGGCUACUAUUUGAUGAUCACAAAGAGGCAGGCUUCGCCAAUUAUCGUCUAUGGGAGUCUUUGGGAUUUGUGAUCGCAUAUGGAUACAGCACAUUUUUAUGUGUGUCAGUUAAAUUAUACAUUUUGCUUGCAGUGCUGGCAAUUGGCAUGGUACUUUAUGCAUGUGUCGAAUAUGGUGAGCAUAAAAAAAUAUCUAGCAAAAGGGUUAUGCAAGAAUCAGAUGAUUCCCUAAAAAAACAGACAGUCAUGUAGCAAUUGGGGUUAUACCGUACUACUGGCUCUUUGACUGAUUAUGUUAAGUAAGGCUAGGUCUACACAAUCACAUUUGUCGCGCGACAAUAAGUUGCGCGACAGGGCACAACUACACUGCAACAUUUGUUGCGCGACAUUUUGUUGCACCAAUGUCGCGCGACAAUUUUUAU